ACAGCCUAGUUACACAGGAGAGAAGACAAGAUUGGAGUUGAACUCCCCCUCCCUCCCCCGCAGUUAGCAUCUCCCUCCAGCUGCUCUGAAUCAGCAUCAGACUGGGCAGGAGGGGAGAAGUCAGUCCCUCUGCGCUAAGGGAAAAGGCAGUAGUAGGAGCCCUAUGACACCUAAAAGAGCAGGAGGGUAGAAGUCAGUCUUGUAUAGAAGGGAAAGCAGCAGCAGCAGCAGCACCAUCCCAUUCACACCUAGAGGAGUAGCAGCACCACCCACUGACACCUACACAAGCAGUAGCGCCGGCACAUUGACACCUGCAGGAGGAGGAGGCGCAGCACUAACUCGCAGGCGCAAGGAAACGACGGUACCGCUAUUAAGCAAGGGAUCCUCGCGCUAAGAACGAGUGCAGCUUUGCUCAGUAGCGUUUGGCCCCAGGACAGAGGGAGCCUUGGUCUGAGCGAUCAUCAGAAAGACAACGAAGUGACAGCGCAACAGCCGAGAUCGCGAAUUAGGAGUUUGCGCGCACGAUGCUCUGUUGCUCCGGUAUUUAUCGCAUCUGCUCAGUUUAAACGAUCGCAUCGUGCCACUAAGUAGACUUUCUCAUGGAGCCCGGACUAGAGGUGUCUGCCUGGCCCAGCGCUGGGUGCAAGAGCGAGGACAAUGCGGUGCUACACGGCGCCAUGCUGGAACUGCGCUCCGAGAUGAACAACUUCAGGCGCGGGGUAGAGCGGCAGCUGGAGGACGUGCUAAGACUGGCCGGGCCGCUUUCUAGGUCCGUCGCUGAUCUGCAGUGCGAGAACCGGCGGCUCCGGGAACAAGUAGACAGGUUGAGCCGACAGGUGGAGCUGCUGAGUCGGGCAGCGGGGCUGAGUGAGGAAGGACCGGUCCGCUUCUCUAGCCACGCCCUGCUCUCAUUGUCCGGCAAAGCGCAGAGUGUUGUGCCAGAGGUGGAGAAUGACGUGGAAACUACAUGCACUACGGCCUCCUCGGUUGUGGAAAAUGGACAUAAAUCACUUUCUGAUAAAGACAAAGUCUCACAUGAUAGUAGCAUUACAGCAACUGUCUCCAACACACGCACACCCUCGCCAACCCCCCAUGUGAGAAUGCCACACAUGCCCGUUACUGCUGUGACAAAAGUUGUUGGAGAAGCGCCUCCCAGUGUAAGCAAUGGCAGCAGCCGCCAGUAUGGACAGGAACCCAAAAGUCCGACAGAGGCAUCGCCAAAGCAAAGCAAUACACAAAGUGCUGUGAGGACAUGGAAUGCCAGCAUUGUCAAGACAAUGGGUGUCUCAUGCAGCUCAGAAAAAACUGUAUCUUCAACAAAGACAACUCAAAGCUACAGCAUAGCAAGUUCUACAGUAAGCAGUGAGAGUUCUGACAGAUAUUUUGAUGUUACUCCCAAAUCCCACUCUCCUCCACCAGCCGUCAGCCGCCAAGCUGAGAAGAAACGGGAGCUGGUAAGAUCCCAGACAUUACCACGUUCUGCCGGCACCCAGGUCCGCAAGGCCUUUUUUGAGAAGUUUGAUCAAGACAGUGCCAAGGGCAAGGGAGAAUCUAAGGUGAAACUAAAGCGCUCUCAGAGUUUUGGUGUUUCCAGCGCAACCAGCAUUAAACAGAUCCUCUUGGAAUGGUGCCGUUCCAAAACCAUUGGCUACAAGAAUAUUGAGCUGCAGAACUUCUCAUCCAGCUGGAAUGAUGGCAUGGCUUUUUGUGCCCUUGUUCACUCAUUCUUCCCAGAAGCCUUUGACUAUGAUGCUUUGGAGCCUGGCAACCCCAAGCAUAACUUUGAGCAAGCUUUCUCCUCAGCAGAGAAACUUGCUAACUGUGAGCGUCUUAUUGAGGUAGAAGACAUGCUGAUGAUGGGAAGGAAGCCCGAUCCAAUGUGUGUGUUCACUUACGUGCAGUCAUUGUACAACCACCUGAGACGCUUUGAGUGAGAUCCAUGUCCCGACACCUUCACAUGUUUUUACAUUAACCAGCACCCUCUGCCCCCCACCCGCUCCUCUGCUCCCGAGACCAGCAUCCAUCCAAUAUGAUGACAGCAAGAGAGACACACACAUGUUCCUAUCUGUCUCUGCUCCACUGACACUCUGGUCUGCAUCAAGCAGCAUGACAACAAAUAAGACAAGAAUAUCCACAAGGUGCUGGGGACAGACUGUUUUUACCAUAUUGUUUACUGUUAGUACUAUGGAAAUGGAAAAUUGACAAAAAUUGGGACUUAACCCCUAAGCAAAUCACCUCUUGAAAAAAAUAUCAUAAUGUAAAUAAUCCAAACUCAAAUACUAAAAAGGCAAUAUUUAUUCGCAACCAUGCCAUGAAAGAAAAAUUAAAAACAUGGUAAAACCAAGCAUUACUGCAUCCUGAAGGAGGGGUCCCUCUCUUGUAUGUGCUUGAUCACAUUACCUGAAAUGCGUAUCAGGGGUGUGAAAAGCAAAUAUUUGGUAUAAACACUGACUAGCGUGCUAAAUGUGUAUUAAAUAGUUAAAGGACACAUCUGUCAAAUGCAUAUUAUUCACAUCUGGAUGGUGCCUUCGAAGAUUGAAUCCAUAUAUAUCAUGUUAGUCCAAUGUUAGAUAACUAGCCCGAAAAUGAGGAAUCAUGCGAUGUUGGGGCCCUGGUGUAGCUGAUCACAUUAAGGCUGUUGGAUAGAUGGGGCUACUUAAGCCCAGCGGAUCCUGUGGUGUCCAAAAGAAUAUAUUGGUAGUGGUGGUAUAAUAAGACCAGAUAUACAGUCUCUGUGGGAGUUCAAGCCACAAAGUCAAUAUGUAAUGACCAAUGUACAAUCCAAAAUUUCUACGUGUGUGAGCAAAUGUCUAGUCCAACGACAUAAUUAAUGAUCGCAAUACGACAAAAGUUAUUUCAACACACCGAUAUGGAUGAUUAUUAGAUUAGAUGAUAUUAUCCAAACUCCAACUAGGGUCGGAGAGAAGAAGUAGUUAUACCGACCGUGCUUCCAGACGCGUCACCACCGAUACGUGUUUGGUGUAUUGGAUCCACAUUGGAUGAAUGCCAGCGCCCCGUGUCUCGCCUUGCGUAGUGAGUCCCCUGAGAGGGUUAAAGCUGUCCUUCAGGAGCAGUGCUAGGGAAAUGGCCUAUAUUGGUCCCUUAUUUUAAGAUGGCUGCUGUGUUUUAGUGACACUCCUGAAAGUCCACUGUCUGUUGAUAUAUCCACUGCACACGGAGAAGCCUAGAAGAUACAUUUUCAGGAAUCACUGCUGUUCGGAGGAGACUGUGGGCUCCAUUCAACAGCCAUUGUUCUGUUUUCUUCUUCAGUUUCCCUGUCUGGUUGCAAUGGCUGAGCAAACAGUGCUUCUUCCGCUGGGUCCAUGACGAAGGAAGAAAAUCCUAUGUUUUUUUUCUUUCUAUAAAUCCAUGGGAAUGCAGUCGUACACUGUACUAAAAGAACGAAACCUUGUGGGCUUCACUUUAUCGAACUACGAUUCCGAGCAGCCUUUGCCUGUCAGGGAAGUGUGGGGUUGUAGAGCUGUGUGCUGCCUAUACUUGCAUUAAUAAGUCUCCGCUCACAUUUAGAAUAAAAAAUUAGUUCACUCCCCAAGACAGAGUCCCUCCUUUUUAACAAUUCUUCACUGAGCAGAAUAUUUAUUUUACCCUGUAGUUUUGUUGAUUAUAGGCCGCAGACCCCCAAGCAUUUAGUGAACUUUUAAAAUUUUUUAAUCAUUUUGUAUUUUGUGCAAAAUCAGCCAUGGAAGUAAAUGAAGUUGGUGGUUCAGGAGAGAUGCCUAAAUACCAUGAAAUAGGGCCAAUUGUAGUGUGAGACACUAUUGUGUAUUUUUUUAGAUAGAGCCGGUUGCUGUGCCUUAUCUUUGGUCUUUAUAUAUGAGCAGGCAUGGAGAAGUAAGGGAACACUGUAUGACCAUACCCCAUGUGUAACCCUUUCAUAUCUACAGGAGCGCAGAAUGCACCAGGCCACAAAGUUACGGUCUAUAAAAUAUUAGCAUAUGCAGGCAAGGAUCUCUCAGCCGGAGGGAUGGUAUGGAGUCAAGUGCCAAGAAGGCAGUCUUCUAUUUGUUUAUCAUGGAACCUGCUGCUAGGCUCUGCUCCCAUAUAUAAAGCGGCAGACAUAUAGAGCGGUUCCAUGGAAACACACAUGGAACAUUGUCUGUUUAAAGCACAACCUCCCAAAUGCAACUGAGCCAUUAUAUGUUGCAUCCCAUCAGCAGUACAUAGCAGAGCUCUCAUGUGAUUGUGAUAUAAGCAGCAGUAAGGCAAAGUCCCGAGGGUCUCUUUGGAAAGGAUUACGCCUAUUAACUAGUAAGAGUGCAUUUGUCUGCUCUGGGGGCUGCUCAAAUUAAAGGGCUCACAGUGAGCAGUGUUUGAUAAUGGUAGUGAUUUUUCAAACCAACUAGAAAUAAUAAAACAUUAUUUUUUUAACCCUUCAAGUCAUUACUUUUGUUGCCCAUCUGGAUUUUUUAUUUAGGGGGGAAAAAAGUCUUUAUUAUCCUAGGCUGAGCCAUUCCCAAUCUAAUAGCAUCAUUAAAGGGCAAUUUCAUCAGCCGCUACUAAGCUGUCUCUCGGCCUGCUGCACUUUCAAAUAAACGCAGAUGUGUCCUAAA